ACUCUUCCCAAGUAGGAAGUGGCGGGUGUGUGAUUUGGAUCUUUCGUUGUUGUUGUUUUUACCUUUCAGUUUCCAAUUAAAAAUAUCGAUGAUUUAUUUAGUAAAAUGAAUGUUCGGCUGCCUCGCACAUGGACAACUGUGCUGCACUUAAUCGUGAUCUCAGGGCUGAUUGUGGAGGCCAUAGAGCCCGUGUCCACCUCGCUGCUGCUGGGGACAGGAGCUGCAGUGCUGGGCACAGUGGGCAGGAAACUCUAUCACUAUUUAUAUGAAACAUGUGAUGAAAACUGGCUCAACUUUAAUGCAGCAGGACUGAAGAAUGACCUCGACAGGAAGCUGUACGGACAGCAUGUUGCGGCUCAAGUCAUCCUGAAAGCCGUCACAGGCUUCAUGAACAACAAAAACCCAAAGAAACCGCUGGUUCUGUCCCUCCACGGCUCGACUGGGACCGGGAAGACCUUUGUGAGCCAACUUAUAGCAGAAAAUAUUUACAUUCAAGGGAUAAAGAGCAACUUUGUUCAUCUGUUUACAGCGACAGCACACUUUCCUCACGAUGCUCACAUUGACAAGUACAAGACACACUUACAGGAGUGGAUACGAGGGAAUGUUUCCAUAUGUCCUCGUUCGAUGUUCAUCUUUGAUGAAAUGGAUAAAAUGCAUCCCGGGCUGAUGGACAGUAUUAAACCUUACCUGGACUUCUCAGACAACCUCGACGGAGUCUCUUAUAGACAGGCCAUCUUCAUCUUCCUCAGCAAUGCUGGGGGUGAGAUGAUCAAUGAGGUGACUGUGAAAUUCUGGAGGGAUGGUAGAGAUCGAGAGGAGAUCCAGCUGAGGGAUCUAGAGACAGAACUUUCACAGUCAGUCUUCAGCAACGAAGGCAGUGGUUUAAGGAACAGUGUUUUAAUUGAUAAGAAACUGGUGGAUUUCUUCGUGCCGUUUCUUCCUCUGGAGUACAAGCACGUCAUUCAGUGUGGUUUGGCUGAGAUGGCCAGUCAGGGUUUCACCCCAACAAACAUUGUGAUUAAAAGAAUGGCUGAUGACCUAAUCUUCUUCCCUAAAGAGGAGCGUGUCUUCUCGGUCCAGGGCUGUAAGCUCAUUGCCAACAAAUUGCACUUUUAUAUAUAACACCAGUGUUGGGGAAAGUUCCUUUUAAAAGUAAUGCACUACAAUAGUGCGGUACUCUCUUAAAAAGUAAUUAAUUACAUUAGUUACUUUUUACUGAAAGUAAUGCAUUACUUUCACAUUACU